CCCCGAGUAUCCUCAGCGACCUGCGAGCGCAGUUGCAUACAUCGCCUCCCUUUGCUUCCUCACCGCCGCCAGCAUCGCAGCAGCGGGGGUCCAUAAAAGCGCGAAUUAGUUGAGCUGCCGCAAGUGCCACUAGGGACCCGCACUCGAUUAAGGGUCACUCCGAGCAGCUGCUUCUGGACAGGCGGCGUCCGCGGUUCAGCUUGUAGGCUUAGCCAGCAACCUUUCCCCUAUAUCAUCUCGACGACGCCCUCCAGCUCCUGGAUCCUGGCAGUCCCCAGUCAAAGGCUUUGAGAACUCUAACUCCUCGUUGUCUACAUUCACCAUGAUGAAGAAGAAGCAUCAACCAACCGCCCAAGAUCUCUACCGCGCGCGGAAGCAGCGGGAGGAACAAGAGAAGGAUGCGAGGCUUCCACCAGGAUUUAUCAAUCACGGCAAUACCUGUUUCAUGAACUCGACUUUGCAAGGGUUACUAGCGACGGAACCGCUGCACAAUCUCGUGAAGUUCCAGCCGCUCACGCCGACCUUGCAAAGCACAUUUGGGUCGUCUAUUGUUGCGAAGCGAUCGCCACAACUGACGAAUGGCCAUGGGCUGGGGGGCGAGUACGAGCACCCGUGGGUGGAGGGUAUGCCGCUGGGGGAUGUAUUCUCCGAUGUCAUGAGGAAAGCUUGGGAUAUACAAGAGGGUCGUACACGACAAAACAUGAGUCCGAAGGAAGUGCUCUUCACCAUCGGGAAGAAGUACGAUCAAUAUUUGGACUUCCGGCAGCAGGACGCGCAUGAAUUUCUCAGGCAUAUGCUCGAUGCGAUGCGCAUGGAGGAGCUGGACAUCAUUAAGCAGAGACAGCCUCCACCAAAGGGUUCCCGCAAGCGUGCCCGCCGCAAACGUACAUUACCGCCAGCGCCGCCGCCGGACCCCGGCUCUGUCGAAGAGGAGAAACUGCAGUCCUUUGUUGACAUGCUGUUCGGCGGACAUCUCGCGAGCAUCCUCGUAUGCGAGAAGUGCAAGAAGGUCUCGCUGACGUACGAGGAGUUCAACGACCUCAGCCUGAGCAUCAAGCCAGAGGACUACACCAAGGACCGGAAGCGCGACCGCUUCAAGCAGUUCGCGCGGAAGCUCAGGGGACCGUUCCGGCAGCCGGGCGCGCGCUCGUCCUCGGUGCCACCGACCGAUCGACUGCGGCGCAGCAUAGAGACGCCUACACACGAAGAGGAGCCGCCGACGAACGAGGGCCCUAGACGGAAGAGCUUUGACCACACGACGGGCGAAGAAGUGGAGCAGGAGGAGCGGGAGGAGGCGCGGGACGAGGUGAAGGAGCUGGUGCAGGUGGGCGGGUCGCCGCCGUCAGCCGCCGUAGACGAGGCGGAAACGGGCGCGGAGGCCAGCGACGAGAAGGACGAUCAGGAGUCCGACUUGAAGGGCGAGGAGGGCAAGAAGGACAAGGGGGAUCACUGGGGCCGACUCGGCAGGCGGCUGAGCGUGUCGGUGAGGAUGAGUAUGAAGGCGCUGGACCCGGGUAGUCCCAGUCGAUCUGUCGAGCGUGGCCGGAAGGUCCGGCACAAAGACAAAGAAAAGGAGAAGGAGAAGGACAGGGAGGCCGAUAGGACACCGGCGCGUGUCGCCGAGGCGGAAGCCAUUCGCACGUCCGCUGCUAGUGUGGGCAGUGCGUACGACAGUGGGUCAGAUGCCGGUGACCAGUCUGAUGCUGCUCAAAUGCGGCUCGGCUCCGCAUCCCCUACGCCAUCGCCUCUGUCCAAUCCGCCGAUCACGGCCGCCUCCCCGAACCCCCGUUCGCACAAUAUUCGGCGUCUCACGGGGCUCAAGGGCAAACGCAAGAAGAGUCUACGUCCUCCUAAACCGUCACGGGAAGAACAGGCGUAUCUGCGGCAGCUUUUGUCGGAUGUGCACGUUGCAUCUAAUAAUCCUUUCACGGCACUUCAGCAAGCCAUUGCGACUGGUCAGACCACUACUGCUACCGCACAGGCCGCGUGGACGAAGUUGGGACACCUGCCCAGCAUUGAGGACUGUCUACGGAUGUUCACGGCUGUCGAAAUACUCGACGGUGAGAACAUGGUCGGCUGCCAUCGUUGUUGGAAAAUUGCACACGGCCUCUACAAGCCUAGGAAAGACGAUGCAAAGGACAGGGGCGAAGACGAGGACGAGGACGAAGCUGCAAGCGACAACGAAGGCGAGGAUGAGGACAGCGGGAACAGUGGUUCCUCUGACAAGCACGGCGACUUGGACUCUGUGGCAGCGCAGAAAGGUGCCGCGUCUGCUUCUGCUGACACGUUUUUCUCUUCGCCAGAUUUGUCAGGCGAUGGUCGCGUGUCGUCUGCGUCGACGUCCGCGCUCCCCAAUACGCAGAGUGCCAGCUCGCUGUCGGAUGCGCCGUCUGACAACACGUCGGUUGUAUCUGCGCCAACGACCGUCUCGACAAGUCUGUCCCUCGCCACAGGCGAUGAGGAGAGGCUGGAGAGGCUACAUGCGAUAGGCCUUGUCGGGCGUACGAAACCCAUCACCUACGGCGGUUUGCCCAUCCCGUCGAUCUCGACGACUGCACCCGAGUCGUCCCCCUCGCGCUCCGUCCCCUCAGCGGACGAUGCAGCGCCAGAUGGUGGUGGCACACCUCGCAGACCUCCAGCGAAACUUGUUGAGGUCUCUCCAUCAGACGAUGACCUACUGACGCCGAGGGGCAGACGUCGCUCCAAGACGCCGGACGGGUUCGAUGCUGAAAGCGAUUCGUCGGCCAGUAGCUAUGAGUCCGACACUGAUGUCUCUGCGAGCACGUCAGCGUACUCAGACGCUGCUACCGCGCCGUCUGUGUCGCUUUCGCCUGCCGUCUCCCCACGCGCCUCCACGGAUGACCUGCCGACAGCAAGACCUCCCGAGAUGUCGCGGGAACCUGCACAGGCUGACCCGUCAUCGCCAAAGGUAUCAAAGUCGAAGCAAGUGGUUCUCCGGCGGAUGUACAAGCGUUACCUAAUCGCAGACGCACCGCCUAUCCUGGUUGUCCAUUUGAAGCGGUUCCAGCAGACGUCCAAGACGUACAGCAUGUCGUUCUCUGGCGCCAGCGGCGUCAAAAAGCUAGACGAGUAUGUAUCCUUCCCAGAAUCUCUCGACAUCGGGCCGUUCCUUGCACCGCGCAGAGAAGAUUACGGACUUGACGAGGAUGGGAAGGUCAAGAUCAAGCAUGCGGACAAGGAACAGCGUCGGUGCAUGUACAGCCUGUACGCAGUGGUCGUUCAUAUUGGCAAUAUGCUGGGUGGUCACUACAUUGCUUAUACUGCGUUGCCGCCGUCGCAUUCUGCGACCAGUCCCCCGAGCACGCCUGCCGCAGACUCAUCAACGUUGGCAUCGGCAUCUGUGUCCAGCUCAAGUACUUCCGAUCACGGGCACGGGACGAAGCACCAGCAAUCUCCGCCGCGCCAGUGGGCCUACAUUAGCGACACCGUGGUGAGGCUAACGACGAUUGAGGAAGUUCUCAAGGCAAAGGCGUAUAUCUGCAUGUACGAGCGAAUCUAAACCAUAGAACCUCCGUGAUCGGCAGGACGAACGGACUUCCAACUGGACAUGGCACUAACUUAUAGCCCCGAACUAUCUGUUAGAGGUACCUUGUAGCAAGCUAUCUUCCACCGUACUUAUCUACCGGCUUUGAGUGACAUUAACACGACCUCAUGACAUGUAAUACAGGCAUCGUACGAACACUGACCAAUUGAAUUGUAGAAUUACGAAUCCGCGAGAGUUGCUGCCGCCGGCGGGAUCUGGAUGACACGAAUUGGUCGCAGUAGUUCAACGUUCAAACGUUCAAUUCUUGCGACUUCCAGUACAUGUCAAUCAGAAGAUG